AUGUUGAGAAGGGUGAGGCCUUUAUGUCAGAUUCGCCUCAAUUCAAACGUUCCGAGACGACCAGAUGAACCGGGAGAUCUGGAAAAUAUCCCAAAGCACUCGAAUGUAAGCUCGUCCGGCUCCAUCCCUCCAAUAAAGUCGAGCAUAUCCAAUAUGCUAGCGGAAAAAAAAGUGGAGUAUAACCCCGAGGACAACAAGGAGGGUGUCACAUAUGAGUUCCACGCUCCCCAGUCACCACUGGAGGCCCGCAACGAGCAGAUCCGUAAAUCUCACCAAACGUCGAAAUGGAGGAAAAUGCUUCCCUCUUUGGCAGUUGGAGGUGCUCUGAUCUGGGGAUUCUACGCAUACAACUAUUUCACCGCCGACAAAAAGGAAACUAUUCCGGACCUGCUUCUACCAGACCGGUUUCUUCCUUACCUGGUAUCUUUUAAGUAUCAGAUAGACCAGGAUCAUUAUUUAAUUGAGCUCACAAGGAAGAAUAGAGGAAGCAUAUUGGCUCCCCAUCAACAAUUGUUUAACGGAAAAAGACUAUGGAGCGUUGAGAUCAAACAACCUGAAAUUAACAUUGUUCGCAACUACACGCCGUUGCCCCUAUAUGUUGCGGGAAUCGAUCCAGACACACACGAGCCUCAUCUUCGACUAGUGACCAAACCAGAGGAGGAAGGUAAGUUUGUGCUUUUGGUCAAACGUUACGACAAUGGUGAGUUUUCACGCUGGUUGACUAGCCGCAAUCUGCUAGACGAGGUGGAAUUGCGCGGCCCAGUUGUGGAGUAUAAGGUCCCCUACCACCCGUUGGAUAAAUUCCCCGCAAGGCCUCAAUUGCAACCACUGUUAUCAAAAAUUCAGCCAGACCCUGAGUAUCCUGAAAACAUCCCAAAGCCGGAGACUUGGACAUUUUAUGCGGCAGGAACUGGGGUUUUGCCUCUGCUACAGAUGCUAUACUCGCCGAACCCGCCAAAGGGCUUCAUCAAGGCCUAUGUUUCGCUGCGUAACGAAUCCAAUCUUCCAAGCCAGCUGAAAACUCUCAACUACUUUGCUGAAAAAUGCGGACGCGCAAAGUUCACCUAUCUCAUAAGCGAUAACGGAGACAAGCUUCAGGCAAAGCAUGUGUCGAGGCCCACGCUACCUAAUUUUUCGGGCCUGAUGGAUGUGAAGAUCAGCGAAGAAGUUUACAGACUGAAGCUGCUUGCACAGAAAAGACAGGAAGUCAAGAACCAAAUUCAAGGAGCGAGAAUCGAGGAACAGCCAUUGCAAAAAGAGGAUGUCAUUCCAAAGCUGGAUAUUCGUCUGCAACCCCAAAACGCAUUCCAGCAGUUCAACUUCUUCAGGAAACAGCCUCCGCAAGUGUAUCCGUCGUUUGCAUUUAUUUGCGGGCCGGAGAGUUAUAUCAGCUACGUGAGUGGCCGUGCGAACCUUAAUAAUUUAGAGCAGAAGGACACAGGAGACAUUGGCGGCCUACUCAAGGACAAAGGCUGGACAUUAAGUAACAUUAAAAGGCUUAUCUAG